AUGGGUAAACGUCUGAAGUCUAACGCUCGAAAGAGCGCUGUGAACAAGCUUGUCAAGAAAACCGAUAACAGAAUGUAAGUGCCGUUAGCGGCGUUUUUCAAUGUUACACAACUUUCAUACCUAACCAUUUCAGAAAAGAAGAGCAGAGAGUAAUCCGAACACCGAAGGAAGAUGAACAAGCGCUUAAAUUAGUGCAUGCGUAAGUUGAUCGGAAAACCUAUUCUCUUGUUUUAUUCGUUCGUUUAUAGGCCGAAGAUCUCGUCGGCUAUGUUCAUGCGAUACAACACGCAACUCGGACCACCGUUCCACGUGCUCGUCGAUACAAAUUUUGUCAAUUUUGCCGUCAAGAACAGAAUUGAUAUGUUUCAAGGAUUCAUGGAUUGUCUCUUUGCCAAAAGUAAGUACUUCCACGUCAUAUAAGUAAUAGAAUAGUUUCGAAACAAUUCAUUUCAAUUCUACAUUUUCAGCUAUUGUUUACGCAACAGACUGUGUCUUGGCAGAAUUGGAGAAGGUCCGCAGGUUUAAAAUCGCUCUGAAAGUGCUGAAAGAUCCACGAGUGCAACGUCUGAAGUGCGAACACAAGGGAACGUAUGCCGACGACUGUCUUGUUCAAAGAGUGACACAGGUAGGAUUCAAUUUCUACUCGAAACAUAGCUUAUUCUCUUUUUCUUCAAAAAUCUAACAAGGUAAUUAGUAUUAUGAUCUAGUAUGACGCGAAGAGGCAAGUGGUGGAAUGCUGUAUUCCUGCAAUCUUUUUUGGCAAACUGGAACAAAUAACGAGAUGAAGUCGAAUCGAUCUGCAAAAAUUGGUUAUUUUCAGCAUAAAUGCUACAUCGUGGCCACUUGUGAUCGUGACCUGAAGCGCCGCAUCCGCAAGAUUCCGGGUGUGCCCAUCAUGUACAUCGUCAAUCACCGAUUUUCUAUCGAGCGCAUGCCGGAUGCUUACGGAGCGCCCAUGAACUAA